CAUUUCGGACUGCAGCGUCGCAACACCGAUCGAUCAUCGCGUCGACCAAACUCCUAGCUCAGCCCUCGUCGUCUGAUUUCUCGCUCCCGACCACAAUUUUUGUCGACACAGCAUCACAGGAGAUUGACCAGUCGCCUAGUUCCGUUUAGCAUCCCCGAGAGUCAAAAUGGGCAAAAAGAAACGCGGUCAUCCCGAUAUCGAGGAGCUGCUCUCGCGCCCUUGGUGCUACUACUGCGAGCGAGACUUUGAGGACCUCAAACUCCUCAUAUCCCACCAGAAGGCAAAACAUUUCAAGUGCGACCGAUGUGGCAAGCGACUCAACACCGCUGGAGGUCUCUCCGUGCACAUGAACCAAGUCCACAAAGAGAACCUCACCAGCGUUGAGAAUGCGCUUCCCAACCGGCAAGGCCUUGACAUCGAGAUCUUCGGUAUGGAGGGUGUGCCAGACGACAUCGUACAGCAGCACAACCAGCGCAUCAUCCAGAACUUCUACACGGCGCAGGCCGAGAGGCAAGCUGCUACAGGCAACCCGCCGCGAGGGCAAGCUGGCAGUCAAGGACCGGCCAAGAAGAUCAAGCACGAGACAGCAGAGGAGCUCAAGAAGCGGUUAGCCGAACAUCGCGCAAAGCUCGCAGCUCAGAAGGCAGGAGGAGCGAAUGGUGUUCCCCCCUCAGCCGCUCCAACCGAUGGACAGAGCCCAGCGCAAGGCACCGCCCCCUUCCCUCCGCCGCAACCAGCCUACCUAUACGCCACCCCCGGCGUCCCAGGCGCCCCGACGUACCCCGCGCCACCGACCUACCCGCCGACAGCCGCCACCUUCCCGCCAGGCCCCUCCCCGCCUCCUGGCACGACAGCUCCUUUCUCAAUACCCGCCAGACCGCCCAGCGGCGCUGCUCAGGGAGCAGCUCCGCCUUAUCUUUACAACGGCGCGCCGGCUUACCCUGGCGGUGCUCCUUCGACAGUGGACGAGCUUGUGGCGAACGAGUCGAGACAGGGGGCCGGCGGCGAUGAUAUCGACCAGCUGAUAAGGAUGGCUGAGGCGGGCAUCAAGCCGGCUGCUGGGGGUCCCAAGAAUGGGCCGGAAGAGGCCGCCGCCACUGCGGGAGAAAAGAAGAAGAAGGGGUCGCGCAUGGUUUAUGCCGACACCGAGGUCAGUCCGGAGGAGAGGAUGGCCAUGUUACCGCGGUAUCGGUGGGUGGAGGGCGCUUCUGCGUGAGAAGGGAUUUAGAGUGGUGGUUGGGAUGGCGGAUGCUUACGGAAUUCGGCCGAUGAUGGGCUUCGUUGGCACACUUGAUCCGUCUGCGGGGUGCCUAGAUACGCAACCAUGACUUCACUUACGAGGCUGCGCUGUAAUUAUUGAGUUUGUACAAGACAGGGACACCGGCGGUUCGGAUCAUCUAGGUAUGUGCUCUGUCCUGUAUACUGGAACAGGAAAAUGCAUGCAUUUGGGACGGUCCCCGCCUGGCAUUCAUGCGCGAGUUACAUAACAUGGCACCUCUGCAGAUUGCCGUGGCGGCCCAACGGUGAGGUACGUUUGGAUCGAGAGAUUGGACCCAGUGUAUGUGUUCUGUCGCCAGCUGCCGUCUGGGGGACUCGCGCCUGAGCGGUUAUAGGAGGGAUUGGGUAACUUGCGACUGGUAAUGACCCACGGGCUCGCCGUCUUUCGAACACGGAGAUUGCGUUGCUAUCAGACAGCUGGU